UGGCGCGGGAAGCAUGAGCCGAGCAGCGGGCGGCUGGGAGAUGGAGGCGCUGCGGGGAGACGCCGGAGGAGGCGGCGGCGGCGGCGGCGGCGGGCAGUGCCGGAAUUUCCUGUCCCCUCCGGUCUUCGGGGCGGCGCCGUCGGGUCGCCCCGCGGGCUCGUCCGCCUCGGGCUUCUCCUACGAGCGCUCGGGCUCCUCGGCGGCAGGGGGGGCUCGCUCUUCGUCGUCGUCGUCCGAGGCGGCCCCCUCCAAGGACUGCUCCAGCGGCGGAGGCGGCCCCCCGACGGCGCCCCCCCUCGGCCACUGCGGCCGCCGCCCGCGGCCGCCCGCGCUGGGCUACCACCCCGGGCUACCACCCUUCGGCAACGGCUACUACAGCUGUCGCAUGGCGCACGGCGUGGGCUUGCAGCAGAACGCGGCACUCAAGGCCUCCCCUCACGCCGCCUUCCCCGUGGAGAAGUACAUGGACGUGGCCAGCCUGGCCAGCACCAGCGUGCCCUCGGGCAGCGACGUCUCCUCGCGGGCCAAGGAGGUCUCCUUCUACCAGGGCUACGCCGCCGGCCCUUACCAGCACGUGCCCCGCGGCUACCUGGACGUGGUGUCCACCUUCGGCUCGGCGGCGGCGGCGGCGGCGGGCGAGCCCCGGCACGAAACCUACAUCUCCAUGGAGGGCUACCAAUCGUGGACGCUGGCCAAUGGCUGGAACAGCCAGGUGUACUGCGCCAAAGACCAGGCCCAGGGCUCCCACUUUUGGAAGUCGUCCUUCCCAGGUACGCAACCGGCCAGGUGUUGCACUAACCAGCCGGACAUGUGCGUCUACCGGCGUGGGAGAAAAAAGCGAGUGCCUUACACCAAACUGCAGCUGAAGGAACUGGAGAGUGAAUAUGCCCUUAACAAAUUCAUAAACAAGGACAAGCGGAGAAGGAUAUCUGCAGCCACUAACCUCUCUGAGAGACAAGUCACGAUUUGGUUUCAGAACCGCAGAGUCAAAGACAAGAAAAUAGUCUCCAAGCUGAAGGACAAUGUCUCCUGAUCUGGCCCAUAUCCGUUGGGUUAUUCAUGGCAAGCAAUCCACUAUGGGCUCGAAAGACUUUUGGAAAGACUUGAAAUAUAUUUAAUAUUUUUCCCCUCGCUUUUUU